ACACUCCCCCUUCACAUGUGAUCUCAAGUGAUAUUGCAGCAGUUCGACAUCUGAACUCCAAACUCGACAGUAUUUUUUUUUUUAAAACAACAUCAUGAGUCUAUCCGCUGCUCAGCAAGGAGGUGCCCCGACAUGGAGAGAGGCCAGAAUGGAGAUGGCCAAAAGGCUAAAGGACGACGAGAAGCUCCACUUGUUCGAUGGAAUCCUCUACCCUGUGGUUAUCUGCCCGGCCGAAAACAUGGAGGCCCUUAGGACCCUGAAGGCCAGAUCAGACGAUGUGGUUUUGCUUUCCUUCCCAAAGUGCGGAUUUAACUGGAUGGUGUCUCUCUUACGGAAAAUGCUGGUUGCAGUAAAAGGGAAGAGUUUCUCAUCAGAGAUGCCUCCACAACUUGAAUUCUGUACCCCAGAGAUGCAGAAGACAAUAGAACAAGAGCCGUCGCCAAGGUUACUGGGCACUCAUUGCAACAUGGGGAGACUGCCUCUUCUGUCCCAGUCCAUCAGAGACCACAAGACAAAGAUGCUAAUGGUGUUCCGGAACCCAAAAGACACGGCUGUGUCCUACUUCCACUUCAUGAACAGUAACCCAACUCUGCCCAGCACUCAGUGGGACAUGUUCUUCUUAGACUUCCUGACUGGGAAUGUACCAUUUGGAUCCUACCUGGAUCAUAUUGAAGACUGCUCCAAACUGGUCGAUGAACCCAAUGUGAUGACUGUUAUGUAUGAGGACCUAAAGGAGCAGGACUUGGCUGGAAAUCUCCGGCGGAUCGCCCGCUUCCUGGACGUCCCCCUGACGGAGGAGCAACUCCAGGCCAUCUCAGCCAAGAGCACCUUCAGUGCCAUGAAGGAGAAUGCCGUCAACACCCACGGCAAAUUUGGCAAUGUCUUAUUCCGGAAAGGUGAGGUGGGUGACUGGAGGAAUCACUUCAGUGAGGCCCAGAGCCAACAGAUGGACGAGGAGUUCAACAAGAGACUAGCAGGAACCAAACUGGGGGCCCUGCUCCAAUACGACACCUACUGCAAGUAGGGA